AGGCGUUCGGCGCUUCUCGGCUCAGGGUUGUUGCGGCCUUUCCUUUUCCUCGUGGCUUUGCUGCCUGAUGCGCGAUGGAGUGGUGGGGCUUCUGGCCAUGCUCGGAGGCGCCUGGUGUUUCUCUUUAAUAGCCCUGCUUGCAGCUGAGCUCGGCUCCGGAAGAGUCUCCAGAACUUUGACUGCAAUUUGCAUUUGCAUUUCUCUCAGAGUUGGGCAGGUGACUGCGUGACAUGGCACCGUAUGCCGUUCAUUUUCAGGUCACAAAUUCCAACCAUUUGAGCUUGUUUUUUGGCGCUCUUUCUUCAUGCUGGGGCAGACGUGGGCGGCGCUGCGCUGGGCGGGCGUGGCGCCGCUGGGCCCCGCGGGCGCCCGCGGGCUCCUCGGCCUGCGGGGCCUCUGCGGCGUGGCCUUCAUGGCGAGCUACUACUACUCGCUGGCGGUGCUGCCAAUGUCGGACGCCGUUGUGCUCACCUACACCUCGCCUGUGCUGACAGCCUUCGGGGCCACGUUUUUGGGGGAGGCCUGGCACAGCCUGGACUUCCUGGGGUCUGCCUUAUGCCUUGUAGGCGUCAUGAUGAUCAGCAAGCCGCCAAUUUUAUUUCACCUUUUGGGCCUCAAGGAGGGAAACGCUGAGUUGUCGCCACUCGGGCUGCUUGCAGCCAGCGCAGCUGCUGUUUGUGCGACUUGUGUCUACCUCAUCAUUCGGAUUCUUAGAGACAAAGACGUUCAUUCCAUUGUGUUUGUGAACUACCUCGCAAUGGCCGCAGUGAUCACAGCGCCGGUGCUGGGCCUGGCCUUUGAGGAGACCUGGGCCUGGCCAUCUCUUUGGUCCCUGGUCCUGUUGCUUGCUCUGGCCUCUUUGGCUUCCUUGGGGGAGACGAUGCUCGCUGUCGGUCUGAAGCUGGAAAGCGCCGCGAAGGCCACCUCCAUGAACUAUGUGCAGGUCGUAUUCGCCUUCUGCUUCCAACGCGUGUUGCUGCACCAGCCCAGCGACUGGCAGAGCAACUUUGGCGCUGGGUUGAUCUCUGCUUGGGGUAUUGUCGCCUUGGUCAAGGAGGCGGCCUUUGCCCAGGACCAAGUGUGCUCCGUGUCCAACAAGCCAUUGCUCAAGCCGCCUCGCAGUGGCCCCGCCAGGUAGCUGCCAAAGCAGCAGCUGCACAGGCUUGCAGCAGAAUGUGUUUUUGCACGCCCGCUCACGAGUGAAAGACGGACGGGGGCGGAGCAGCACGCAAGAC